AUGGUCUCCGCCGCUGCCGCCGCCGCCACCGCCGCCGCCGCCCGUUUGCGCUUCCACCACCCGCGAUGCGUGGCGAUGCUGCAGGCCUGCGGCUCCAUGGUGGAGCUCCUCCAGCUGCAGGCCCAGAUGCUCCGCAACGGCCUCUUCUUCGACGACCCUUUCGCCGCCGGCAAGAUGCUGGAGUUCUGCGUUAGGGGCGUCGGCAAUCUCCACUACGCUUGGAAGCUUUUCGAGCAGAUGACGACGCGGGACACCUUCGCCUGGAACACGCUCAUUCAGGGGCACGCCGCGUCUCCUUCCCCGGGCCCGGCCCUGCGGCUCUUUGCGCGGAUGGCGGGCGGCGCAGCGCGGCCCAACUCGUACACGUACACCUUCGUGCUCAAGGCCUGCGCCAGCCUCCGUGCCACAGAGGAAGGCGAGCAGGUGCACGGCUCUAUGACCAAGCUCGGCGUAGACCUUGAGGUCUUCCCCGCCAACGCCCUCAUCUCCAUGUACUCCGCCUGCGGUAGGAUCGAGCUCGGGCGGCGGAUGUUCGACACCUGCGCCGCGAAGGACGUGGUCACCUGGAACGCCAUGGUCUCCGGCUACCUUAGCUGCGGCUUCCUGGACUGCGCACGGAAGCUGUUUGAGGAAAUGCCCGAGAAGGGGAUCGUCUCCUGGAACGCCAUGAUCAACGGGUACACCGCCGGCGGGGACAUUGCAGCGGCGCGGGACCUCUUCGAUCUGAUGCAUCAGCGCGACACCGAGACCUGGAACACGAUGAUCGCGGGGUACGCCAAGUGCGGCCGCCUCGACGCCGCGAGGGAGCUCUUCGAACGGAUGCCGACGAGGAACGUCGUCUCCUGGAGCACGAUGAUCAGCGCGUGCGCUCAGGGCGGCCGCCCGCGGGAGGCGCUGGUCCUGUUCGAGCAGAUGCAGGGGCAAGCGGUGAGGCCCAACUGGGCGGCGGUCGUCAGCCUGCUAUCGGCCUGCGGCUGCCUGGGCGCGCUCGAUCAGGGGCGGCGCAUCCACUGGCACGUCGAGAGCAACAAGAUGAGGGUGGACUCCAUCCUCGGCACGGCGCUCAUCGACAUGUACGCCAAGUGCGGCUGCAUAGACGGGGCCGCUGAGGUCUUCUCCUCCCUGCCGUGCAAGGAUGUGUUCUCGUGGACGGCUAUGAUCGGCGGCCUGGCCGUAAACGGGCACGGCGAGCGGGCACUGGAGCUCUUCCGCCGGAUGCUGGCGGACGGCGUGCGGCCCAACGCGGUGACCUUCGUCGGGGUCCUCUGCGCGUGUAGCCACCUGGGCCGGGUGGCGCUAGCUAGGCGCUACUUCGACUCCAUGAGCGCCGUCCACGGUAUAAAGCCCCAGGCCGAGCACUACGGCUGCCUGGUCGACGCGCUGGGCCGCGCCGGCCGGCUGGCAGAGGCGGCGACGCUGGUGGAAGCCGCGCCCGCCGCCGCAGCGGGCCGCGUGCUAUGGGCGACCCUGCUGGGCGCCUGCUGGAUACACGGGGACGUAGAGACCGGGGAGGCCGCGGCCGACCGGCUCACCGAACUCGACCACGACGACGGCGGGGCGUACGUCCUCCUCUCCAACAUCUACGCCGCCAAGGGGCGGUGGGACGACGCCAGGAGGCUGCGAGCUGACAUGAGGUCGAGAGGCCUCCACAAGUGCCCCGGCCGGAGCUCGAUCGAGGUCUCCGGUGCCACCCACGAGUUCUACGCCGGCGACCGGUCGCACCCGCGGGCGGAGGAGAUCGAGCGGAUGCUGGAAGAGAUGGGGUCGAGGCUGAAGCUCCUGGGGUACGCCCCGAACACCUCCCCGGUGCUAUUCGACAUCGACGAGGAGGAGAAGGAGGAGGCGGUCUCGCGCCACAGCGAGAGGCUGGCAAUCGCCUUCGGCCUCCUCGCUAACCCCAAGGGCUCGCCCAUCAGGGUGGUCAAGAACCUCCGGGUCUGCGGGGACUGCCACACCGUCGCGAAACUCGUCUCCAGUGCCUUCGCCCGGGACAUCAUCCUCAGGGAUCGGAACAUCUUUCACCAUUUCAGGGACGGCUCCUGCUCCUGCAAGGACUACUGGUGA